CUCCCUUUGACAAAACCUGAGGCCAUUUUGUCUCUCCAUUUCUUCUCUUUAUUUCGGAUGUCCUGCAUUUGACACACUUUGAACCCUGAAUUAAUUCAUCUGUCAAAUUGCAGUUUCUUCCACAAAUAUCUUCAAAAAAUUACAUAUUCCAAGACCUGCAUUAAUUAAUUCCUUCCCGAGGGUCGCCACUACUACCACCACUACACCGAAUCGCCCCCUUCUCAUAUUAUACAAUUCUUCACCUACUUUUGAUGCCAUACUGACUUGCGACAUCCUAAGAGACUAUACAUUUAGUAUUUCUCAAAUCAAUACAGCACAAUCAUGUCUUACCGCAUUGAGAUUGCCAAGACUGGCCGUGCUGGCUGUCAGGAUACGCUGUGCAAGAAGAACAUCGACAAAAUCCAAAAGGGUGAGCUGCGUUUCGGUGUCUGGGUUGAUUUGCCCGGAUCCGAAAAUGGAUCCUACAGAUGGCGACACUGGGGUUGUGUCUCUGGUAAGACCGUAGCCAAUCUUCAGGAGAAGAUCUCCGAUGGUGAUGGUGGUUACGAGUGGGACAUGAUCGACGGCUACGACGAGUUGGAUGAGCAUCCUGAGAUCCAAGAAAAGAUUCGGCGUGUCGUGACUCAGGGUCAUAUUGAUCCCGAGGACUUCAAAGGAGAUCCAGAAUUCAACAAGCCUGGCCAUCCGGCUAUUCGUGGUCGUGCUCCCUCCAAGAAAAAGGCGAAUGAUGAUGAUGAGGACGAGGACGAGGAUGCCCCCAAAAAGGCUGCCCCCAAAAAAUCUGCAAAGCGUGGCCGCAAGAAGGCGGAUGAGGAAGACGAAGAGGAUGAUGCCCCGCCCGCCAAGAAGAAGGCUACCAAAGCUAGCCGCAAGUCUAAGAAGGUAGCCGACGAGGACGAGGAAGAGGAAGAGCCAGAAGAAGCUGCGCCUGUGAAGGCUCCUGCCAAGGCCCCUGCUAAAAAAGCUCGAGGCAAGAAAGCUGCUGCUCCAGCUCCAGCCCCAGCCCCAGCCCCUGAAUCUGACAACGACGAGCAAGAUGAGGAACCAGAGCCCGCCCCGAAGGCUAAGCCCAAGCCCAAGGCGAAGGGCGGUCGUAAGGCUAAGGCUGUUGAACCUGAGGAGGAUGAAGAAGAUGAAGAGGAACCUGCCCCGAAACCUGCCCCGAAGGUAGCACCCAAGAAGGCAGCACCCAAAGCAAAGGGUGGCCGCAAGACCAAGGCCGCUGAAGUCGACGAGGAAGAAGUUGCUCCUAAGCGUGGACGAGGUCGAGGUCGUCCCAAGAAGACAGAUGACAAUGAGUAAAAGCUCCAAGUUCCUUCGGGCCGGAGAUAUAGUUGACCGCAAUUCCAAAACGCCAUUUCUCUCCUAGUCCAUUGCAAUGUUAUUAAGGGCUGUUCAAGCAGAUAAUCCAUGCGUUUCCUUUCACAUUUAGCCAGUUCCUUAAGCAGGACAGUCAAGACGGAGGUCUUGAUAAUGAUGCAUGUAAUACCAGCAGAAGGAAGGCAUACAUGGCAGUUAUGCUUCGGGAGAUACCAAUUGAUGCUUGAGAUUGUUGCUAUUACAUUGGCGUAUUGAUUUUUGAGCUAGGUACACCUAGCAUAGCAGGUACAUAUAAUUGACUUAAUGAGAUGAAUCAAAUUUCCUUGA